AUGAUAUCCACUAGUGGACCUGCAGCUGGAGACUCUUCAUCACUAUGUCAAUUCCAAGGCUUUGCUCUUCAGAUGUUUCCAGUAGCUGACGUGCUCUGGACAUUCGCAAUGGCCUUGGAUACAUACUUGGUUGUCUUCUACCAUUUUGAUACUCAAUCUUUGCGCAAGCUGGAACUCAAAUACAUUGGUAUUAUUACCGCUCUCUCGUUCAUUCCCGCCUUUGUCUUUCUCUUCGUCCGUGACCAUAAGGGUCCUAUAUAUGGUGACGAGACCAUCUGGUGCUCAGUAUCCCGCAAUUGGAUGCUCCUCCGCAUAAUCUUCUAUUAUGCACCCGUAUGGCUGGUAAUAGUCAUCGUUCUAAUACUAUAUUGUCUCAUCGGUAUCGAGAUAACCAGAGUCCGCGACGAGUUCAAAUUAAGCAAUGACGAUCAUAUUGCUCUGACCUCUGGCAAUUCCGCCAGCAGCGUCACAACAACCGAGGAAGGCAAUUCUCGGAGAAAACCUGCUUUCACCCCAGAAUCUACUAUAACAAGCAAUACCACGGAACAAAAUACGUUCGAGCGUCCGCCCACAUCCACAAAUGACGCGACAACUUAUCAAACUCCGAAACAGAGACGCGUGUCGCUGAGGCAAUACGUGAUCAUGCCAUCGCUUUUCUUCCUUGCAAUGUUAGCAACAUGGAUUGCACCUACCAUCAAUCGUAUAUCAGAAUUCGUGAAUCAUAAGCAUGGAAAAUACUCACUUCUGCUCUCUGAUGGAAGCGACGUGCUUCGGAAAGGAGAAUGGCUCUUAGACAGACUAGAAAUGAUCGUCGGUGACAUAGAUCUCAUGAUGCCUUCGUUCUACAUGUUCAAAAUGAUACCCUAG